CCAUGCUUUCAAGAGGAAAACGUAUUCUAAACAUACUUUCUCAACAAAAUGACGAAAGAACAUCAAAAACAAGAUAUUCCUCUGAUGGGAAUAUUCAUAAUCAUAACAUGGCUCGAAAGAAUUUUGAAGCCUACGAGACUUCUACUGAAGUUCGUUCUGUAACAGUAAAAAAAUUGGCUUUAUUAGAACCAGCACUAAAAAGUUUUCAAAUUAGAGAUAAUUACAUAAAUAAUAAGCGUGAGUCAACAUAUGACCGAAAUAGUUUAGGAAAUGAGCCUCCUGAAAAUUUAGGCUUAUAUUAUAUUCCACCAUCUAUUCCUUCAUGUCGCGCAGAUUUAGGGCCAACAUUUCAAAAUGGAGGUAAUUCUUUAAAUAAUAACAAAGCUGAAUCAACCGAUGACCGGAAUAAUUUAGAAAGUGAAUUUCUUGAGAGUUCAGGAUCAGAUUAUAUUCCACCAUCAAUUUCUUCGGGUAACACAGAUUUAGGGCCAACAUUUCAAAAUGGAGGUAAUUCCUUAAAUAAUAUCAAAGCUGAAUCAACCGAUGACCGAAAUAGUUUAGAAAGUGAGUUUCUUGAGAGUUCAGGAUCAGAUUAUAUUCCACCAUCAGUUUCUUCGUGUAACACAGAUUUAGGUUUAUUUAGUGAUUCAAACCAAAUCAGUACUAAUGCAUUGAUUAAUGCCAAAAAGAAUGAUAACAAAAUAUUGAAAAACCUAGAUGCAUUUAAUGAAAGCGGAGAUGUAAAAUCUUCAAGUAAAAAUUUAGAGGGACAUCUUAAGAGAGAUAAAAGAGAGCAUUGUAUAUAUUGCGAAAAGACUGUCACUAAUUUUGCACGACAUUUAGUUCGCAUCCAUAAGAAUGAAUUCGAAGUGAUCAAAAUAAUGUCACUUAAAAAGGGCUCUAAAGAACGAAAAAUUUUACUAGAUGAAAUUCGUAAGAAAGGAAACUUCAUUAAUGCAUUUGGAAGAGAGGGUGUUAUAAAUCCAGUAAGAAGACCUCGGGCUAUACUUAAAAAAAAAUCAUCUGAUUAUUUGCCUUGUUCUGAAUGUAAAGGUUUUUUUACAAGGACAUAUCUUCAUAAACACAUAAAAAGGUGUCCCAAAAAGGGACAAGAGGCAAAUUCAAAACAUGCUCAAGCGAAUGGAUUAACACUUCUUUAUUUAUCUGGCAACACUGAUUUUGAAGAUUUAAAGUUAAAAAUAUUUCCUCAUAUGAAAUCUGAUGACAUUACCAAAAUAGUUAUAAACGACUUCUUAAUUAAAUGUUAUGGUCAAAUAUAUUUUAGGUGUCACAAAGAGAAACAUUUGAUUAACACGGUAUCCCAACGCAUGCGAGAAUUGGCCAGAUUCCUUAAGAUAUUACGAAAUGAAGAACCAAAAUUGAGUCUUAUGGAUUUUCUAAAACCCUGUUAUUUUGACCAACUAGUAAGCGCAGCUAAUCAAAUUUCGGGCUAUAAUGAAUACAAAGACACAUUUAAAAGCCCUUCUCUUGCUCUAAGGUGGGGAACAGUACUUAAACAGGUCUGUGAUACUGCCAUAUUUAUUGCUACUAAAGGGAGUGAUGAGGUAAAACAAAAAGAAAUAACUGCACUGAGGCAAAUGAUAGACACCCAAUUUCGGUUUUAUGUUUCAACAAAUGCAUAUAAGGAUUUAUCUGCAAAGAGCUGGAAAAAGGGCAGCAUGUUACCACUAACGGAGGAUGUGAUAAAAAUGAAUGAAUUUGUUGUUUUAGAGGAAGAGAAAUGGUCAAAAAAAUUAGAAAUCACUCCAGAUAAUGUUUUAUACCUUCGAAAUUUAACUGAAGCUCUCUUGGGCCAUGUUAUACUUUUGAAUAGAAAACGUUCCGGUGAAGCACAACGAAUUACAAUCGAAGACUAUUUGAGAAAAACGGAUCAACCUGGUAUGCAAGAUAUUUAUCAAUCACUAACAACAGUUGAAAAGGUUUUAGUUAAAAAUAUAAAACGAUUUGUUAUUCGUGGAAAGAAAGGUAGAGCCGUACCGGUAAUUUUUACGAAAGGCAUGCAAGGUCACACAGAAAUACUUUUAAAAUCAAGGAAAUUAGUGGCACCAAAAAAUCCUUACCUCUUCGCUAACCCAAAUACCAAAGAUAGUUUUUUAUGGUCAUAUAAAAUUUUAAAAAAAAUUGCCUCUGCUUGCAACGUUUCUAAUCCCGAAGCAAUAACAGCCACAUGUUUACGGAAACACAUUGCAACCAUUGCACAAAUUAUAUCUAUGGAAAAUAAUGACCUGGAACAACUGUCAACACAUCUCGGACAUGAAAAAGCCACGCAUUUAAAUUACUAUAGAAAAACUGAUGAUAAACUUCAAAUAGCAAAGGUGUCUAAACUGUUACUACUCAUGGAAAAGAAAUCGAUAGGUGAAUACCGAGGAAAGUCUACAGAAGAUAUCGAUCUUGAAAUUCCAGAUCUAGAAGAUGAUACGGAUCAAGCAUUGUCAAACGAAACAGAUGAUUGUGAUAAUGAAAUUGAAAACAUAAAGCCUGCAGACGAUAAAUUUCCUCCAGUUAAUAGAAAAAGCUCCAGUCGUUCUACAUUUGUAAAUGCUGAAUAUACUACCACCCUUGCAAAUAAUGAGAAUACUAUUUCUCUUAGGCCUCUUUCAGACGACACGGAUUUUAGCCGGACCGGUUUUAUUGCUCUUGCCGUUUACGAUUUGGCGCCUUUUCACACAUCAC